AUGGAUGCGAAGGUGAAGUGCGAGCCACUGGUGAUGAAACGGGAGGCGACUGAUGAGGAACUGGAGUUCAGAUACGACGAGUUGACUGAAGCACUCGGUAUUCACACCGAGAGUGAGAGCAAAGCGAACCAAACUCCGGUUCACUGGACACCCGUUCAGAGCAAUACUGGCCACACAUUUGCCAAUGAUUUGCAUAGUGUUGACGAUGUGGUGGGCGAGAGGGACACAGAACUGCUGAUGACUGGAGUUCCCGAUUAUGUGAUGUUAGGCACCAAUAGGACAGUAGCCAAGGGUGUGCAUGUGACGGACAUAGGAGUCAGGAUGAAACGGGUGCCGAGCAAUCGUACGGAUCAAAACAAAUACCACAUUUUCAUACCAUUCAGUGAUAUGCAACGGCUGUCCAUCUGCACUCACCCUUCGUUGCCAUUGAUAUGUAUAAAACCCAUCGAAAGUUCUUGUCUUAAGGUCCGGGAGUUUAUUCAAUUAGAAGUCAAUUCUGGUGUGAAUUCUCGGCGGGGGUUUGACAUCCAUUCGCACGACGUAAGGGAACAGAAUAUUCUGAUUGUAAUGAAAGAGGGAAUGAGUGCCACGUUUGCGGGACUAUUAGCCGACAGAUGCAAGCGUGAGAAUAGGGACUGUGAUUGCAGUCCUAUCGGUGUCACUGAAGCACAGGUAUUACUGAACGUAAACACUGUGUUUGUCAAACAGGAGGUAUGACUCCGGCCACAGUUGACACUGCCAUAGAAACGGUAGUCAUUGGGCACUGUUAGUCAACACUCAUUAAAUUAGAUAAUAACAUGGAUUCACAACCGUUUCAUUCAAAUGUAUAACGAAAACUAUUUUAUUGAUAAUUAAAUGCC